AUGGAAGGAUUGGAGCAGGUCCGGAGUAUCUACCAGACAGGGAAAGCCUUCUUGCACCAUGCAGGCCCUGGGGAGUUCUCCCAGGCGGUGAAGCGGCAGCUGGAGUUCGUGGCCUCGAAGGGGAAGAUUCCGGAGGAGAAACUUUUGGACAAAGACUUCGCCAGCCUACUCAUGUACAGGGCACUGCACCGCUACAAGCCGGGCUUGGAAGGCUAUGAUCCCUCUGUCACGGUGGAACGGGAGUUCCUGCCGCCGGCGCACCUCUGCCCGUUGUGUUGCCUCUAUGGCCGGCAGCGACAGCACGUGGUGCUGGCCCGCAAUCCGUUCGUCAGGUUUUGCCGCUCUCUUUCUACUUUGAGGCUCAUGUCCUACUUCCGCUUUUCCUGGCUAAACAACGCAUACUGGGGCAGCCACAAGUGGACCAGCUGGUCCGGCUUUGCUGAUUAUUAUCAGUUUGUGUUGCGGGUCCGCGAUUCCAAGCCAGGGCUGUUUGCGAAUGGCUUGGACUGGGUCCAGGAGUCGCACAACUUCUGCAAGCAGGCCGACCUAAGUCGGGUGCCUGGUACAGCACUACAUCCCUGGAUUUGUCGGACGACCUACUACACCCUUUCGGCCUACGAUGUCUUCCAUCUCCGUCCAGUGAGUGACAUGGUGAAGGAUGAACGCUUCUUGGCAGGUCCUGCGGUGAUGGAGGACGUUCUUGUGCUACACUUGGAGACACUUCAAGAGGACAUCCUUACGCUUGAGGACUCCUUGUGCCGGAGGCUCUCCUUCUGCGAGAAGCUGCCGCCCUUCCCAUCGGUGCUGCCAGGGAAGAACAUCCGCGACAGCGCGGUAGAAGGCAACACAAAGGAGCACUGCGGCUUCAAGGAGGCAACCAUGAGCUGGCGAAACUGCUCGGCUCCUCCCUGGCUUGAGUUGUGGGAGGCGCCGUUGACCGCGAUGGUGGUGCGGCACUAUCGUGAGGACUUCCAUUGGCUAGGCUAUUCCACGAACCCAGUGGCAGAGCCACAAGAGGCCUUGAAAUACCUCCGGCAGAUGCAGCAGCAGUCCAUGAGGCCCAACAUUUUGGCCUGGACCUCAUUGCUGGGGGCCUGUGCGGCCAACGGAACGCAGGAGGCCUUGGCUUUGGCCAAGAAAAGCCUCCGAGAGAUGCGAGCUGCCAGGGUGCAGCCCAACGAAUACACCUUCAAGGCAGUCGAGAAGAUGUUCGGCCCCGCCACGGCCACAGCGCUCUUGGGCUCUCGUCUCGCAGAGGUGAAGUCGUCGGGGGUGGAACGUGCAGCCUCGCAUCAAGCGACGCCGGAGCAAACCGAGGGCACCGUGGCCGCUGGCGGUCGGAAGGCCCAGAGGUUUGGACCGUGGCCGCUGGCGGCACAGCAGCGGCAGCAGUCACAAGGGUCACAAGGCCUGCCCCUUGAAGAUCCCAGCGAAAAGGACCUCGAGAGGCUUUUGUAA